CGAACCGCAGCGUAGCACCAGAAGUUUGAUUUUUUUUUUGAGUUCUCAAAAAUUUUCUUUUUGACUCUUAGUCAAACUCUUCCUGUCCAUUACUAAUUAAUGGAUAACGAAGUGAAGCAAGAGGUAUUACCAACUUCUACUUCUCGAGAAGAAGAACCUGUAACUGUAAUCGAUCUCGGUAGCAGCGAUGACUCCGACUUAGAGGGAAACGCCGGCGGGUUAGAUGAAGUAGGAAGCACCGAACGAAGGUAUAAUUCAGUAAACCCCGUCGGUGCCAAGAGAACACGAGAUGCUUUGGGAGGUUCCUCGGAAGUUGAGAGGAACGACGUGAAGAGAGCAACGGUGGAUGAGCUUGCCGUCGUGUUGCCUGAAGGAUUCUACCAAUCGAUUCCGCCGGGAAACGUGACGCAUGGUAAUCCGGCGGAUCCGUGCAAUGUGUUCAUGUCAAUGCCGCCUCCUCCGCCGCCACCGUCGACGUCCUCGGGGACGCCGUCCGUUAGAGUUGGUAGUUGUAAGCAGUUCUGGAAAGCUGGGGAUUACGAAGGACCACCUGGUGGUAAUUGGGAUGUUUCUUCAGGUGGGUUUGAUCAUGUAAGAGUCCAUCCCAAGUUCUUACAUUCUAAUGCUACCAGUCACAAAUGGGCUCUUGGAGCUUUUGCAGAGCUUUUGGAUAAUGCUUUGGAUGAGGUUGCCAGUGGAGCAACUCAGGUUAAUGUAGACAUGCUCGAAAACAAGAAAGCAGGAGACAGGAUGUUGUUAAUUGAAGAUAAUGGAGGUGGGAUGGAUCCUGAAAAAAUGCGACAAUGCAUGUCUCUAGGAUACUCUGCCAAAAGCAAACUUGUAAACACUAUUGGACAAUAUGGCAAUGGUUUUAAGACUAGUACAAUGAGACUUGGAGCUGAUGUCAUUGUAUUCUCGCGCUGCCCUGGAAAAGAUGGAAAGAGCUCUACGCAGAGCAUCGGACUCCUAUCAUAUACAUUUCUGAGGAGCACAGGAAAGGAGGACAUUGUUGUACCCAUGCUUGACUACGAAAGAAGGGAAUCUGAAUGGAGUAAAUUAGUCCGGUCUUGUCUAAGUGAUUGGGAUAAGAAUGUGAAAACAAUACUUCAAUGGUCGCCAUUCUCUAGUGAAGAAGAUCUUCUAAGUCAGUUUGAACAAAUGAACGAUCGUGGCACUCGUAUAAUCAUAUAUAACCUGUGGGAAGAUGACCAAGGGAUGUUAGAGCUUGAUUUUGAUGCUGAUCCCGAAGACAUCCAACUUAGAGGCGUCAAUCGAGAUGAGAAAAACAUUAAAAUGGCUUCUCAGUUUCCUAAUUCUAGGCACUUCCUAACAUUCAAGCACUCACUAAGGAGUUAUGUAUCAAUCCUCUACCUAAGAAUUCCACCUUCGUUUCGUAUCAUACUGCGAGGGAGAGAUGUUGAGCACCACAACGUAGUGAAUGACAUGAUGCAGACUGAGCAGAUCACAUAUCGACCUCAGUAUGGUGCCGAUACAUAUGUCAAGGAUUUUAAUAUGGCUGCCGUUGUAACUAUAGGAUUUGUGAAGGACGCAAAUCAUCAUGUAGAUGUUCAAGGCUUUAAUGUCUACCACAAAAAUCGUCUCAUCAAGCCAUUUUGGAGGAUAUGGAAUGCAGCAGGCAGUGAUGGUCGUGGGGUCAUAGGUGUUCUUGAAGCUAAUUUUAUUGAGCCUGCUCAUGAUAAGCAAGGGUUUGAGCGUACAACAGUUCUCUCUAGACUCGAGUCACGUCUAGUUCAAAUGCAGAAGAUUUAUUGGAGGACCAAUUGUCACAAAAUCGGCUAUGCACCCAGGCGAUACAAGUCUGUAAACGGUUAUGAUGACAGAGACACAUCACCAGAAAAUGAUCCUCCAUCAGCUUCUGACAAGUUCAACACAAGCUCAUAUCCGAAUCACAAAGGGGGCGAUGGUGUAUACCAUGCAGCAUCUGGGAAAGAUGGUGAACUGUCAUUGCAAGCGGAGCUGCGACGUGAGAAAGAGCGCAGCAAGGCACUUGAAGCUGAGGUUAAAUUAGCAAGAGAAACAAUAGAAGAAAUGAGCAAAGAGAAAGAGAGUCUAAUCGAGAUAUUCUCGGAGGAAAGAGACCGACGUGAUGGAGAGGAAGAAAUUCUGAGAAAUAAGCUAGAGGAGGCGUCUAACAUGAUCGAAGAGCUGUUGAAUAAGAUUAAAAAGCUGGAGGGAUCUAAAGGCCCGAGCUGGAGACGUUAAAACAUUGAACUUGCAUAUAUAUAUAUAUGGAGGUUUAAUUAUGAAAAGGUAUCUCUAUUUGAUUUGUGGCUCGACCUGCAUGGGUUUGGGAUACAUGUUGUAGAUUAGUGUAAUUGGUAGGAAAUUGUAACAUUUCUCAAUGUGUUAGGCCUUUGAUUUUUUUUUUUUUUUUUUU